UGGAGCACUCUGCGAUUUAGUUGCUUCACAAUGAGGGAGCUGAGGUCCACCUCCCGCGAGCCCCGUCUGGACCUGGACAACUUUAACUCGGCCAAGGCACAGAGGAGUCGGUACGUCUUAACGAGCCCGCGUUCGCUGGAGUCGUGCACGCGACUCGGAGUCAAACCGGUUGAACUUCUGAUCAAAUCGCUGAAGGAGUUUGUGGCGGAGCGCCGCGGCACGUUGCCCUGCGAGGCGAUGAGAGUGAUGCACGAGGCCUACGAAAGGGAGAGACUGAAGCUUUUACAAAUGUGCCGACAGGAGAGGAGGAGGAUUAUCCGGGCGGCCGGGGACGACAGGUGGCCGGGCGCUAAUGCAGCAGUGUCGGGCCCCGAAGUGGUGUCGGUCAACAAGCUGCGGGGUCACACAGGGGUCCAGGAGACCACGGGCUCCAUCACGUAUGCAGAUCUUUGCUUUAAGGGGGAACCUGCCAGCAGGUCUUCCUGCUCUCACCGAGACCGGAGCACUGUCUGCACCUUCAGCCUGGGAGACCUCCGGCACACCCCGGCUACUGAGAGGAAGCUGGACAGGCUCACCAAGGACAUCCACAAAGAGAUGCGUGUCACGGUGUCAGAGAGGGACCGAAAGAUAGCUGCUCUCAUGUUGGUGAAGCACCAGGAGGAGCAGACAUGCCUGGAGCUCUGUCAGCAUGAGGAACAGGAGCGACAGGAGGCCCGCAGGCACGAGGAGGCCCUCCGGGCUCAGGCCGACACACAGAGGGGGAAUAAACUGAGGCAGGGCAUGCGGCGCUGGCACGAGGAGCUGGAGGCCCGCAGGAGGCUGCGGGAGCGCCGGGAGGAGGAGAGAGCGAGACAACUUGAGCAGGAGUUGGUGCUGCAAGAAGACCGCUGGAGGAGGCUGAGAGAGGAGGUGGAGGGGCAACGCAGAGAAAGGACAGAGGCGACGCAGAAAGAGGCGGAGCGGCGCAAACGCUAUCAGGAGCAGCUGCUGAGAGAGAAGGUUGAGGUGGAGAAAAGUGAGCGAGAGAGAGAGAGGCGGGUGGCAGCGGAGAAGGAGCAGAAGGCCAGGAGGAGCAAAGGGUCGCGGCAGAAGGAGGAGAGGAGAAGGCUGCAGGAGGGAAAUCGCAGAGAGCUGCUGCGUCACAUCCUGCUGAAACUGCAGGUGGAGCAGCAGGGGGAGGAGGAGAAGGUGCAUAUGAGGAGCGCUCUGGAGGAGAAGCUGCGACGCUCCCGGGAGAGACACACUGAGGUCGUGGAGGCGCGGCUGAGGGAGCUGCAGGAGCGGGCCGCCCGGGAGGAGGAGCAGGCCCGGAGAGCGCGGCAGAGGGCCACGCUGCUGAGCCACCGGCAGCACACGCACAAACUGAUCCUGGGUCAGCUGAGCCAGCGCCGCUCGGAGAGAGCCGCCGUGCACGCGGCGGCCCAGCAGCGGACACGCGCUCAGCAAACCCGCCGGCUCAACGAACACAGGCAGCGCCGCCACCAGAGGCUGAGAGAGGAGAUACAGCGGGAGGAGGAGGCGGUGAAGAAGGUCCGGGAGGGCUGCGUCUUCAUGAAGGACUGGAGGAGGGCGAGGCUGCGGAGGAGGCGGGAGCAGAUGCAGGAGGAGGCGCACAGGAUGGCCCGGGCCUCCUUCCACAUGAGGGACAGAGUGAGACAGCAGACACACAGGCGGACCUUUGAUCAGAUGGCCCUGCAGGCUCAGCUGAGCGCCUUCAUGAGCCGCAUGGAUCUGUGAGAGAAAGUUGAGAAGGAAACAGAGACGGUCUGACCUCCCAUCUGAAGCAGUGCUGCACAGCAGUCUUUCUUUUGUUGUAUUGUGACCUCAUCGAUCUGUCUGGUGGUCAGGCUGCAUCAUGUCAAUGAACUGUGAACAAGUCAACCGACUGAACAACCGGCUUUUUGAGAUAUUUUAGUAUUCUACGACACAAAAUCCAACGUCUGAUAGAAUAAACUUAAUUUUGCUUUGCAGAGCUUUCGUUAUGCCAUAUUUCUUUCUUUUGUAUCCUGUGAAUCAUCUUGUAACCCUGGUCUUUGGAUCCCCUGCCAUAUUUCUUUCUUUCAAGGAUGGAGAAUAAAUGACCUGUCUGACUCUG